AUGAACAUGAUCGACUCUUUCGAAGAACUAUCCCUCGCUCAGACCAAUUUGAUCGAGUGGUCACAUACUCCAGAACAGGUUCUCGAGGAAGCUUCUCUUAUUGUGAAAGAAUACAAGGAGUUCAAUGACUACAUUGCUGCAAUCACAAAGCCAACUAUUGCGAAUAUUCUUGAACUAAGUAUCAAGUAUCACAACGAACACAACAUUGAUGAUAACCAACUUGGCUUCUAUAAGUAUGUGUCGCCCGACAAAGAUUUGCGAGAUGCUAGUGCUAAAGCUGAAAGGUUAAUCAGAUCGGCGGUAGCUGACCAGGCAACUCGUGAAGAUGUUUUCAAGGUCUAUGACGAGUUGCUUAGAGAGAUAAAGGAAAAGAAUACACCUAUCGAUGCGGAGUCGCAAAAGUUUCUAGAGCAAAAGGUCAGGUCCUUUCACCGUAAUGGCCUCGGCCUUUCAGAUGAUAAAUUACAACGCUUGAAGGAAUUGAAAGACGAAAUUGUUGAAGUGCAGCAAAAAUUUGUCAAGAACAUCACAGAAGAUUCAACAUCAGUCUCUAUCGAUAAAGCUCUGGUACCAGAUAUUCCUAAAUAUAUCACCGACGGAUUGCCAGUAGUAGAUGAGAAGUACGUGCUCAAGGGUCACGCACCAUAUCGUGUAUUAGGGAGUGCAAAUGAUCAAGAAAUUAGAAAGCAAGUGUAUUUGGCUAUUAACGAGAAAAGCCCUGGUAACGUAUUGGAGUUGACCAAACUCGUUCGUUUGAGGUAUGAGCUUGCAAAGUUGUUGGGAUAUAAUUCGUACUCUGACUAUGCUUUGGAAGAAAACAUGGCAAAAACCGCUGAAAAUGCAUUAGGGUUUUUGGAGGAUUUGAAACGUAAGAUUCUGCUUGUUGCGAAAAAGGAAAAUGACGCACUUCUAGAAUUGAAAAAUGAGGACUUGAUCAACAAGGGCAUUGAGCCACAGUCAGAAAUCUUCGACUGGGAUACUGGAUACUACGCUGAGAAACUUGAUCAGAAAGAGAACACCAUAGAUUACGUGAAGUUGAAGGAGCACUUCCCGGUUGAGAAAACGGUGGAGAAAAUGAUGCGAAUUCAAGAGCAUAUUUUUGAUAUAAAGUUUGUCGAAAUCAAAGAGCCAGAGAAGAAAUAUAUUUGGCACGAAGAUGUGAAGAUAUUUGCGGUAUAUGCAAACAUCAAAAAGGGCCAACCGCUGAACGAGUUUUGUGGUACACUCUAUUUAGAUCUUACUUCAAGGCCAGGGAAAUACACCGCCGCUGCCAUGCUUCCUAUUAAAGAUGGAUACUACGAGGAACGUUUGGUUCCACUGUACUGUGCAUUGGUUACCAGCGGUUCUCCUCCAACUGAAUCCAAACCAGCCUUUUUGAGGCAUUCCCAAGUGACACAGACGUUCCAUGAGCUCGGUCAUUGCAUUCAUCUUUUUUUGUCCAGAGCAAGACAUGCCAAGUUUCAAGGCCCCUCUGGUGUUCCUCGUGAUUUCGUUGAAUGCCCAUCACAAUUGAUGGAGUUUUGGACUUGGUCUCCACGAGUAUUGCAAUUACUAUCAGGACAUUACGAAACCAAUUUACCAAUUACUGAUGAGAUUGCAGCACAGCUUGAAAGAAGCAAAAGUCUCAAUAAGGGUAAUGUUUAUCUUAAGCGAGUUCACAAUGCGCUUUUUGAUCUCAAAAUUCAUAGUAUCUCCGAGAAGGGUGAGCUCGAUGCAUUUGAUCCUGUGGAAACCUGGAAUGAACUUAGGGAAGACUUAGGCAUUCCUUCAUGUGAAGGUGUUAACAAGAGCUUUACCACAUUUGGGCACUUAAGUGACCAUUAUGCCUCAACUUACUACGCGUAUCUAUAUGGUCAGCUGCUUGCCGCAGACAUUUUCUACAGCAAAUUCAAGGAGAAUCCCUUGAGCGUGGAGGCUGGUCUCGAGUAUCGACAAAUUGUGUUGAGUAGAGGUGGCUCAUUGGAUAUUGAGGAUAUCUUGGAAGAGUUACUCGGUAGACCACCAAACUCGGAAGCUUACGAGCGAGACUUGAGUAUAGGCGCAUAG